CAGCUUCCUCUCGCGCUGUGGGUAGUUGACUUUCCGUCGGAGUUUUUGUAGUUCUGGCCGCGAAUCUGGCCAUCGCCAAGGUAGAGAUUUGAGUUAGGCGCUUUGCUUUCCUUCCGCUAUGACUAAAUUUGCAGACUGCUUCUGGGUAAGUUGUAUUUUGAGUUUACAUGAACGCUCUUACUUAUGCGGAAACAACGAUGUUGAAUAUACUUUCAGUUUUUAUGCCGUGAUAGGUCAACUCUUUCGACUUGAAUCUGUUUGAAGAUAUGGCUACAUGUGCCUUUUGUAUCGAACCCUAAAAUUUCUCCGAUUUCCUAUUAAUUGAAACAAUUAGCAGAUCGAAAACAACAGCGAUCAAAAUUGAGCCCAAAAGCUUUUCAUUCAUGAUCGCGAAGAAGAGCUAAUACAAUUGUUUUGCUUUCGCAUUCUUCUACUUCGGCUUAAUUAAAGAUUUGUGUUUGUUUGUUUGUUUGCUGCUCCGAUAGAAAUCAGUUUACAAUGAAACCAGAUGAAGGCCUUCGCUGUUGAUAGAAACUGUCUGUAAUUUGUUUAUGUACCGAUUGAAGGAAUUCGAUCGUUAAUUGAGGCGAUACACGGGCCACAAAUUCACUUUGAUUCACAAAACGGAUAAUGAUUGACUCUGAUAGUAGAAAUAAUGAAAUGAAAUUUCAAUAAUUUCUUGUUUUAUCACUAUUUUGUCAUGAAUAUUCUCAUAGUGAUAAUAUUUACUAUGUUACAACUGAACCUGAAGACCCCAUACGUCCACAACCACCUGUGCCGGUACGUGGCAUAAUAUUAAGCCACUUUCGGAGAGUUUUGGGAAGGAAAAAUGAGUCUUAGCUGUUUUCGUGUCAAAAUAUUCAUUGCGAGGGGUGUCUACCUAUAAAAACAGUGCGGAACUGAGAUUUUGUGCAGUAUGAGAGUAUGAUUUAUCAAAAAUUUGCAUGUGGGGACAAAAAUUAUUUUGUUCAUGUGCAUGAGAGUAUCACGGGAUCAUCAGUCUUGCAAAUUAUUUACCAGUGCUACUCAUUUUAAUCAACCAAGCAGCUGAAUUUUCACAGAAACGAUCUGUUGCUACAUGCUCAGUUGAAUACUUGUAGAAUGACUUCUGCUCUAGAGUAAAAUAAACUCCAUACAAACUGGCACUUGUUAAAUCAACAUGAUUCCUUGAAAUGGGUUGAUGAAAACUUCCAUACAGUCACCUCAAAUAAUCUAUUUAAAAAUAUGUAUUAGUAAUCACAUGAUUUUGAGUGCAAUUUGAAAUGAUAAAAACCAACAAAAUUACACGAGCCUGUAGGGCGAGUGCAAUUUGUGGUCUUUGAAAAAACUUACAAGUGCUUAUUUAUUGCAAAUUGCAUGAGAAAAAUCAUGUCAUUAUGUAUUAAUAAUAUGAUGAGAUAGCUUAUCAUAAUAAGGCAGAAGCAAAGCACACACAUCAAGUGCAAAAAUGAUUUAUUCAAACCCUACAAGUGCCGUCGUGCAUUCGGUCAAAACAACCACAUACGAUCAAAACAAUGGUACGCAAUGAUAUUUUCACAUCUCUAAGGCACAAGAAAGUUCAAAGUAGGGCUGAACAGUUCUAGGAAUUGUUCAGUCUGAUUUGUUACUUCUUUGCACUGAAAUAACCCUCUUCUGCAUUGAAUUACCUGAAAACUGCACUUAUCAUAACCAAUCAGAACUGAGUAAUUUCUUCAUGUAUCUUAUUAGUCUUGUAAUUUUAAGCAUUAAUUUCAUAUUGUCCUGCUUGAGAAGAAUUAACUGACAACUGAACCAAAAGUCCUUUGUUUACAAGUAUAAUGCACAUGAUAAGGAUAUCUCAAAAACUGAAAAAAAUAGUCAACAACUUUAAUCCUGAAAACAGGUCCAAAAGGCAUGUUGUGUUAUAUUGUAUUUUCAAUAUUGAGACAAGGUAAUGCCCAGUCUAGCUUAAAGCUGGUUUUAAUGGGUUCAUGUAUAAACAUAAGAAUUCUGUGAGCUAUAUUCUUUACUAUUUGCAAAAAGGCUUGAACCCUUAACCUCCUGCAUGACAGUCCAGCACUCUAAAAUGUGAGUCAUACAUAUGCUAACUGUUCUUUGUUGUCAAAAGCAAUGGUUUGGCCUUAUAAAAAGGGUGGCUUUAAUUUCUGGGGAUGUCAGAAACCUCUUCUCUAAAAGGAGGAUACUUUAUAUUAAAAAUUCAAAGUUACAAACUAUCAGACUGAUAUUUACAAUAUUUUAUUUCUCCCAUUAUCUAAAUUGCAUCUGUCCAUUUCUGACUCUCACAGGGAACUGAUUUUAACAGCACUGCUGGUUUUGAUGCUUUGUGCAAACGCCUCAAGGAUGGAAAACAAAUGUGCCUGGAUUUUGAAGAUUUUAUAAGACAAAGGUAGUGUACAAAGCACUAAACAUGACCAUAAUGACCACAUCCCUCACUGUAACUCCACAGAACUAAGAAAUAUAAACAAUGAGCAUGUAAUUUGUAAAUUUGUGUGUUUUGUGAUUUUGAUAGGACAUACACUUUGCUGACAAGAAGCUUGUAGGUUUCUAACUACAACUGCAAUCUGUUCUAUUUGUUUUUAUUGCUUGCUUGUAUUGAAAUUAAUUCAGGGGCUAAAUUGGUUGACAGUAAGUCUGCAUUUUGUAGAUAUGAGGUACACAACACUAGCAAAAAAAAUAUUUAUAUUGCAGGGCAGAUGCUGAGGAGAAGUAUGGCAAAGCUUUGAUGAGACUUGCUGAAAAUGCUAAAGGCAGAGAUGAAAUUGGGUAAGGAUGAAAUAUUUAAUGGGCAUAGGUUUACCCACUAACUACUUAAAAUGUUAAUCAGGAAGAAUUUAUGACAGGAAAUUCAUAAACCACCACCUUACUUAUGGCUACAGAACCAAAUGACUGAGAGCACUUGAGCUUAAUUCUGCUAAGCAAACAGGUGCAACUGUCAACAGAUGAUAAAAACAUUUAAACUUUGUUUAGGUUUGUUGUUGUCUAGGCAGAUGUGAUUUAGAGGAAGUGAUCCCUCCAGUUUUAUCGCCUCUUUUCAGAUCCAUAUAUAAUGAUGCAACAUUCACUUUGUUUUGCAUCAGUGUAUAAAUCUAAAAAAAAAGUAAAAUAAAAUAAAAGUCCCAGUGAAAAGUUCACUGAACAAGCAAACUGUCCCAGUACCUGUUGCAAUAUACCAUGUUUACUUUGCACCCUGAGGAACACACUAAGUUCUAUUAUAGCUAAACAUCAAUUGAAGUAAAGGCAAAUUGGUAUUUUUUAGGACCCUCAGAGAAUCUUGGGAGGUCAUCAAAACAGGUACAACUAACAAAGUGUAAAUAUUUAAUAUCUGAUUGUUUAGCGCACUUGAGCUAUUGCAAGUGGAAGUCUGUCAAACUAUUGCCUUUUCAAGUUAGUUGUUUAGGAAAUAAGAUACUGAAGAAGAUAACAGAACUACUCUAAAAAGCUAUCUACCUGCUAAUGGUAGCCAGCAGCUGCAAGGACUGAACAUAGAAAUGAAGCUCACAAAGCAUUUUGGUGUAAGUCAUCAUCUUAACUUCAAUAUUUGUUUUGUCCCACAGAGACAGAGAACAUUGGGAAACUGCAUUUAGCUCUAUCCAAACAACUGAUUGAAGAGCUGGAAAGCUGUGUCAGGAAAUUUAGAGAAAUGCAGCGGGAUAAAAGGAAAAAGGUAACAUAAAUUAUUAUGAGUGAAAUAACUGAGAGGUUUCAGAUUGAGGGUUGCAAAUAUUCGAAGCAAACGAGAUCAUGACAGCCAAUCAGAACCAGGGAUUAUAUAUCAAGGAGCCAAUUAGAACCCUCAGUUUGAACAUGAAAAACUCUUAUGACAUAGGAAAAUCUAAGUGGGCAAGGUUUCACUGGAUUAAGGUCCCCAUGUAAGAACUAAGUAUCAAGAAUUGAGAGUCGAUGAUGGAGGGUUAAGAGACUGUCAGCUCACUUUUGAAGGGUUCUGUCCUUUGGAAUAUACAAUUGAUUGAGGAAAUGGUUUUAUAUUUUUUAAUCAAUAUCACAGCAAAAUAAAGUAAAUUAAAGUAGUGAGGGAUUCAAUCUUCACCUGAAAAUUGCUACAGGGAGCUUCUGACUUGUAGAAUUCAUGAGCAAAUUGACUUUUACAAUUGCAUGUAUUUUAAGCUAGCUAAAUCCUGCAAAAUGAUAUGCAUUAUCAUGCUUACAGAAAGAGAAUACAAGUAAGUAGGUUUAGAAAUAUUGGGAAAAGUUCAUCAAAUAAAUGAAACAAGAGUGGAAGGCAAAUAUGAGAAAAUGUUUGGGAAGUAAUGUCAGACAGAGUUUGAAUGAAAUGAACAGAAACAGAUAACUGAUUGGGGGACUCUUUUUGAGAAACUAACAAUUUUAAAUAGAUUAGUUGAAAACAAUAAACCACUUUGAAGAGGAAGACUAUACCAAUCUGCUCUACCCAAUCAUUUGAGGAACAUCUAUUUCGAAAGCUUGGAUUGAUUGAAUAUGUACUAUGAUUGAGAAAAGGUAAAUAUCUUACUGCAAAAACUUGGAUAACAAUUUAUCUCUUAUAUUUGCACUCAUUCCAAGAGUAAUUUUGACUUGGAGGUGUUCAGCAUCUCAAAAAGACAAGUAAUCUUUGAUAUAUGCUAUGCUAAAGUCAUUGAAGAGUAAAUAAGGUCCAGAAGUUUCAACCAAAUUUGAAUGCAGUCUACUUGUAAUCUGUGAUCCCUCACAUAAGGGUAUCUUACUGUGGUCUCUUCAUGUUGUUAUUAACUUGUAAUUCUUUAAUAACACCCCCUGGUGUUCUCCAUUGAGAGCCCUGUCUAGAGGUUCAAGUAUCCAAGAAGCCCUGCUCUAAAACUCACCCCUCGUUCCUCCUACUUCUUCACAAAAACUCUUUCAAAGUGGUUUGAUUGUUAUUCAAUGGGGCUAGGUACUGUUGAAGUACGAAAAAGCCUAUCUUAGAUUCUGGGCCUUUACCUAUAAAUACAUAUGCAUAUUCUGUACAUGGUGUACAUGGUAUACAUUGAAUCUGGGUAACAAUAUGCCACAGUCCAGUCACUUGCAAGUCUUUGCAAGUCUUUGCGAAGAUUUUAUUUUCAUUACAGGAUACUGUAAAACUUUCAAUAAAGAAACAUAUAGUAUUAAGUCUGAACCCUACUUGUUUUUGUUUUAUGAAGGUGGAAGAAUCAGUGAAGAGAGCUCAACGGAAUAAGAAAAACUGUUUUGAUUUAACUAGUAGAGUAAGUGUGCAAAUGCAUGGAGCCUUCAUUUUAUAUAUCCCCUCAUCUGCCAUGCAACCUCUAUCAGUAGGUAGCUUGAAAGUCAUUUCAUAUGCAGAAGAAUACCAUCAUGAGAUUUGGUGUGAACAGUAGACAUUUCUUGUAUAAAUGCAUGCACUGGUACAUUUUAUUGAUGUUAAAGACAUCUACAUGUUUUUGUUUCCAGGUCCCUCUUGUUAGUGUCUGUAUUAAAGAUGAAUGUUUUAUUUUCUAAUGUGUAGCUAAAGAAGACCUAUGAGCAGAAAUGCCAUGAUGUAGGCCUUGCAGAGGAAGCUCUACAAAGAUCUGUAUCACUUGCCAGCAAAGAUGAGGAAAAAGUUAGUUUUACAUAAAAUUGAUUUUCUGUGAUAAUACAUAUUUAUUUUGCACAUUUAGGAUCUUUAUAGAGCUUUUUGGGAAAUUAGCUAUCAAAAAUGAUGCAUAAUAAUAAGUAUUGGGAAUAUAUUAUGUAUAUACAAGGUCUUUAUACCCUCACAAUGCCAGAAAAUGAUUGAAAUAACCUACAAAAGUGAAAACAUACAGUAUGUACUUUUCAAGAGUUCUUUGUGACAUGACAUUAUUGUGACAUGGUUUAUUUCUUUGAUGACAAGUUAUUUGUUUACCAGGCGUUGCUUGCUUUGAUUCUUUGAAAUUCCACCAAUGAUUGGAGUUUCACCUUAUACAACUUCUGUAUGGAAUUUGAAAACUUACAUCUGCAGAACCCAAAUCUACAAUGUCUUGUGCUUUAAUUUAUAUUUAUGGUAGCUUAGUGAAUGAAAAGUGUGGUGCUUAAUUGGCAUCAAUUUAGUUAUUCUUCAUUUUUUCUUUUACAGUUGAGGGUCAAGCUUGGGCGAGCAAAAACUGCCGUAGAACAAGCAGGUACAGUGGAGCCCUUGAAUACCUGAACUUACACUGAAUACUUAUUUUUAGCUUAUCUUCAAUCAAAGACAGGAAAAGAUGUGGUAGCGUAGCAGUUAAUGCACUUUACUUGAAUACUGAACUUACACUGAAUGGUUUUGAUUUUCUUGCAGAAGACUGACUCUACUCUUAUCUUCAAUCAAAGACAGGAAAACCAGAUGUGGUAGCGUAGCAAUUUGUUUGAAUGAUUCACUGUAAUUCUUCCUCAUCGGUUCGAGAACUGGUCCAAGAUUUCUACCGAGACAUAGAACAAAUCAGGUUGCGUUUUUCUUUAUGAGUUCUAUUUUGAUAAAUGAAGACUUGACUGGUAAAUCAUUCAUAUAUUCCGAUUACGAAGUCACAUUGGUAAUGCAUAUUGGGAAGGUCCAGUGGCGAUCGCAAACAAGAAGUUUGGUCAUUGGUAGGAAAAGAGCUAUUGAAUUGAAGCCUAUUAUUUAAAAUAAUAAACCAAAAUAGAAAAACAAAAGGAUAACAAACUAAUGAGGCUUUCUCAAAGCUGGAUGGGCUUUUUGACGCGCACGAUUUUUUUUAUUCGCAAUUGCAUGCGAUUUUUUGCGCAUUUAAUUCGCGUUUUUUGAUUAACGUAUACGCGAGCGGUACUGUAGCUCCAUUGCAGACUUUUUUUACAUUCUUUGUUGAAGACAAGUGGAUUGAUCAAUGCCUGAUAAAAUGAUUAGUUUGAUUAGGAAUCAUUGUUUUUCAAAAUUUGACUUAUCCAUAAACUGUAUAUUAAUGGUGUCUAAAUUUUUUUCCUUUGUGUUGAUUGGUCAUUCAUUUGUGUUUAUUUUUGUCAUUCACUUAUUUAUUUACUUGACAUCAUUUCAUUGCCGUUGUCUCACAAGUGAGUUUUUCAAUAAACUGAAUAGAAUGGUGUUCUCUUACCACUCUGUUUUUCACUUAAAUUUUUUUAAUCACACGCAGACACUGCCUACCAAAACUCUGUGCGAAGCCUUGAAGAUGCACGGGUGAUGUGGGAGAAAGAAAUGGAACAGUGCUGUAAUGUAUGUGUAAUAGUCGUUAUAUUUGUACACUGCCAGUGAUUCUGUUCAAAUAAGUUUAACUUUUCGGGAGCUAACAUCACAAUGAGAUAUUAAAACUCAAAAUGGAAACAAGCAAACCUCUCGAAGUACGGGAAAACACAAAUGUCUCUGGUUGGUUCAAGUUUCACUUCUGGAUGGUUCAAAGGAUGGGGUGAGUUAAACCAAUCCCAUGGGGAAGUAGAGCGAAAAACAUGGAAUGCUAGAUCAAGUUCAACACUCAGUUGAAAAGUGGUCUAAAAGUUAAGUUAAGAGCACUUGAUUAGUUCGAAUCUGUAAGUACUGUAAAAUGAUGUACCUGUAACUAUUCAUACUGACAGGAUACAAUUUUCGAUUUAGUUAUUUACUAAACAUGCCUUUUUUUAAUUUUCCAACAGCUUUUUCAAACCCUGGAAGAAGAGAGAAUAUCGUUUUUGCGUAACGCAAUGUGGGCCUAUGCCAACACAAGUUCAAUGAACUGUGUCAAGGUGGACGAGGUGAGCAAACACCCAUGAUAUGUCAGUCAAUCUCUCAAUCAAUCGAGUAGUCAAUCAGGUUGUCGAUCAAUCGAGAAGUCUUCAUUUAUCGCAGAGGGGGGGGGGUGGGAAAUUCUUUUAAGGGGAAUGGAGGCGGGGGGACUAGUCGUCGCUGACAGAGUAUAAAAGAGGGGUGGAGGCUGUAAAAAAAUUGACUGUCAAUGAGGUGGGAUUAUUAUGAUACCACAGAUUCUUAAGGGGGGUCAGGUACAUUUUAGUGGACGCAACCGUAUUCCUUUGACUCCCUUCUGUUCCUGUAGUCGUUAAACCAAUCAGUUCACAUGCCUAUCCAUUAAUCAGCAAGACAACAAGCAAUCAUGAACCAACCAACCACCUAGGCCGGUCAAGAGAAAAACAAAUCAUUUAAAGUAAUUCAGUCAUUCAGAUUAAGGGGGUUCUUAGAGAACAGAUAUCAGCUACAGUAAAAAUGCCUUUAUGAAAGUUAAGGAUACCGAAAAUUAUCGAGUUCUCUUUAGUCCAAAAUUCUGCCAGAGGAACUUAAUUUGUGUAGCUGGUGGUUUGAGGGUGUUCAAUGCAGAUGAAGGCGGCGGCUUGCGUUUGAAAUUUUCAUUUUUCUCGUCGCGUUGUCUCUCAGGAGCAGCUUUCCCGCUCUAAACUCCCACAAUACGACCAGCUACGUAGGCUAAACGUAACUUAUCCCCGUUUGUUUUUCACUAUCUUCCGGUGUCUUUAGCCGUAAGCAGUUAUUUGCGUAGUCUGCGCAUGCACAUCGAUGUUGUGAACGUUUCGUACACUUUUAGACUUGCGAAGAAAUGCGGAAAAGUCUGGAGAACUGUGCAGUAGAAUCCGACAUUCAUCUUUUCGUUAGUAUGAAGAAAACGGGAUCUGAUAGACCAGGUAAUUUAAACUACUUCCAGCCACUGUCAAUAAUAACGACGGGAGGGUUCUGCCUCUCCAGAAAUAUCAACGACAUGUUUCGAGGUGAACUUUUACCGUAAAGGAAAAAAAAGCUGCUUCUUUAUUUGUUUUUUGUUCUCAGUUAUAAUAAGGGACUCCCCAGUUACUGAAAUAGCCCACAGCACAGCCUUCGUUCUUGAUCCGAAAUUUACGCUUCAAUCAAUGGGAGAAAUAUUCGUUCUUGGUGACCUUCUAUUGCCCAGUAACUUUUAACAAAAAAUUUUCAAUUUUGAUUUUUUCCUUUUAACCUGCGAACUGGGCUGUUUUUGCCAAAAACAAUGAUUUUUCCCUCGGCUUGUCUGUGAAUACAUGUAGUGGCCAAAGAUGUUUAUUUUACGGAUUAUCUCUCCUCUAAUCGAUAAAGAGAUGUGUUUUUAUUUUUGUCUUUAGUGCGUAUAGAAUAUGAGAACUAUUAUAUGGCGCAGUCAUCGGCAAAAGUCGUGUCCCCCAGUAGCAAUGUAAACAUAACUGGGCCUGUAGCAGGUACCUUCGUGCAUUCGAAAGACACCAAUAUUGUGCAGCCGUCCGUGGGUACUCCGAAAUCAUUGAACCGCCGUCCUCCUAUGCAACUCCCUGAUAUUCCUCAUCAAGGUGAGAUAUUCAAUACAUUGUUCACGUAAAUCUCUCGGGAUUCCAAUGGUUUCUCCCUUUUUUAAUGUACAGUGAAGGCUUCUUCCUCUAAGAAGUCCCUUCGUGCUGGUCCUACCUACGAAUUUAUCAGUGAUAUUACAAAGUUUAUUCGUUGAGUUGUGAGUUGUUAACUACAGAUCUCUUUCCCUUCGUAUGGGAAAGUCUUUAUUCUGUGUGCUUGAAGCCAGGGAGCAGUCAACUGAAGUUAUCGUGCAAUAAUUCGUAGAUCAAUCUAUCAUUUAGAAUAAGAAAUAAAAUAAUGGGGGUUGCGAUUGUGGCUUAAGGAGGUUUGGUUUAGCUUCAAGUUUUCGGGAUAUUGUUACAGUUUCGUGGGCAAGAACAUUAUUUAAAAAUGCUUGUCUGAGGUUGAGAAUGCUGGUGACAAUUUUCAACGGCGUGGAGAUAGCACACAUAGGGGCCUUGAUAAUUCUUGGUGACAUGCGAAAGCCAAAAUCAAAAAUUGUGGCCAAUCAAUGUUUCAAGAUUAUUUGCAAUGUUGAAGUGAUAAGAUGUGCAAAUGUCAAAAGGCUAACUUAGAUAUGGCAUGUUGUGCUCAAAAGGGGUUCAAAGUGGGAGGUAGAGGAAAUUUUGGUAAACGGAUGAUACUUCCAAAGGAGAGUGUCUCUUCGUUUCCAACAGUACUCUCAUAAUUAACCAAUGAAAAAUAUCUUUGAUUACUUGUUUUUUAGAAUCUCUAGAUGAAUCGAUGUAUUCCAGUGUGGACCAAAAGAAACAACCAAACAAACAGAACGAGGCCAAAUUUUACCGUGCGGCUUUUGAUUAUGACGCACAGGGAGACCAGGAAAUAUCAUUCAAGGCUGGAGAUCAUGUAAAACUAAUUUACCACGAGGAUGACACUUGGUGGUGUGGAGAAGUACAAGGAAAAAGGGGAAUGUUUCCAAAAGAUUUUGUCGAAGAAAUCAACCCAUGAAGUAUGGCCAAGGAAGUCAUACCAAUAAUAGAUAGUUUUAAUUCCCUUGUCAGUUUUAAGUGAAGAGAGAUGAGUAAAGCUGCCAAGAAUUACAUUCUUGAGACCAAAACUAUAGACUAGUUGGGUUCCAAUCACACUUGAGUUUACAAUUUUCUUUAUAUGAAGGGCAAGAAUGUUCCCGCUUAGCAUCUUUGACAUCUAUCUGUAAAGAAAGAAGAGCCUUAUUUGUCAGACAUCUUUUUCUUUCUGGUUUUCCAUUGUUAAUGAAUUUUGUAAGGAGCGACAAUUACCUAGUUUUUUAAUAUUUUAUAAUCGCUAAACUUUUUGAAAUAUAGAUAUUUUUCUCUAUUGAUAUCGUAGCAAAUAAUAAUGAAAUAUAGGAAUGAAAUUUUGAAUGGUGCUUUUGGUUACAAAACAAAUUCGCCGACUUUUGCCACCAAUUUGGACGGCGGUAAUUUCAAACGGCUCAGAGCCGUCAGUAAUCAGUAAUACGAGACAUUUCUCGUAAACGUAACUAGCGCCUGAUUGGUUUAGUGCGUAGGGAACGUUCCUUGCCAAUAGCCAAUGUAUAUGAAAAUGUUUAACAAUGUGCUGCCAGUAUGCUAAUGUCUAAUAAUCAGGUCAUAUAGACUCUAAAAAUGAAUAAAAGCCAAUAAUUGUAAUGGUUUUAAAACAAUUAAAGCAGAAAUAAGGAAAAGUUUACAAAGUUUAGUACAUGUAAAGCUUGAGUUUAGAAUAUUGAUUCUUGAAUUGUUUGCAGUCACUCCAGAGUCAAUGCGGACAUUAAGUGGGGAGGUGACCGGAAUAAAAAUGUAAUCUCCAUU